AUGGCAAAGAAUACCAUAACUCCACUAUUUUCUCAAGUGCGUUCUCUGAGUCCACAGAGAACAUUGCGAGUCCAAACGAGUCCACCCAGGGAAUUUACAGUGGAGUCAAGUAUUGGUAAUAGAUAUUUUGAACCUGAAAGGAGACUAUCAUCAGUUCUUCAUAAAUGGAAUCAUACACCUAAACAGAAGACGAGAUAUAUUGGACCACCAUCAAGAGUUUUAGGGCCUGCACAGCCCUGUGAUAAAUGUGGGUGCUGUUUUUGUUGUCUGUGUAAAAGUAAAGAUUCUGUUAUGAAAUUGUUGAAUAAACAAUAUUGGAGUGCCCCUGAAUUCUGUCUCAAUGUCUCUAUUGGAUUCCAGAAAGGGAAAUACAUGACCAGAUUCUAA